CCUGAGAGCUAAGCCUUCCUCCUGUGGGGAGGAUACGGGACCCACCAUAUGUUAUCUUUCUGCCCUAGCACCUUCCAUCCCAGGGCCACCCACAGUCCUCUUUGGAGUCCCAGGUAGAGAAGUCAGUGUGCUGCCUGCCACGGGACCCAUCAUGUGGCCGAACACGAAGCACUUGUGGCAGAUUUUUGUCCUGUGGGUCUUCUGGGUGCUCUUCUUGUGGCUGAUGGCCCCGUGUCUGGAUCCUAGACCUGAAUCGGCCCCUCAGGAGAAACUGAUGGUCUUGGGCAUGAACUCAGCAAGUGGACUUGGCCAAAUGUGGGAGAAGCUGUUCAAGGUGAUUCCCAGGCCGUCAGUGAGCCAUUUCCAUCUCUACUGUGGGACUUGUGCUUUGGUGGGGGACCCCACGACCCUGCGGGCCUCUGGCCUCAGCCACAACGUCAACCAGUGCACCGCAGCCUUCAGGAUGAACCACGACCAUGCCCAGAGCUUUGAGACGGCGGGGAACCAAACCACAGGAUGCUUCGUCUAUCCCUGGAACGCCAGCAUCCGGGGCUCCUGGAGACAGCUGGUGCUGCUGCUGCUGCAGCUUUCUGGUCUGGCGUGGACUUCAGAUGCCCCGAGUGAGGAGGUGUCCUUAUUUGGUUGGGGACAGACCAGCUCAUGAGGUGGUCCCAUUACUGGUAUGAUAAAUAUUGGUUCGAGAAUAACAUGCACAGUUUCAAACAACAGAAGGUCAUCCUCAAGCUGCAGUGUGAGGGGAAGGUUGUUAUCUACUGUUGGAAUGUUUUCCAACCUGUUCAGCCCCCUGGAGGCCCUGGGAGCUGACAGGUAGUCAAGGAGACCACACAGCAUCAGAAAGGGGACCCCAGAUAUAGAUCUGCUGCUAAAUAAAACUAUAGCUUAUUUCUCUCA